AUGUCUGAUUUGUUAAUACAUUCUAUAAUGCACAAUAGCACUCAUAAUAGUAAUACACAUACAUCUAAUAAUAAUACACCUACAAUAUUGCCGCCAAUAUCUACUAUAAUAUCUACUCAACCUUUAUUACCUCCACUCACACCUCCUCCAUCCCAUUCCUACAACAACUAUAAUCAUUAUAACAACUACCAACAACAACAAUCACAAUCACAAUCACAAUCACAAAAUCAAUUGCCAACUGGUUUGGUUACACCUCCGGGUAUUUCAAAAACAUAUUCAUUAACUGAAUCUAAUUUAUCAAAAUUUGAAACUACUAGAAAUAGUCAUGGAUUAGGUUUAUUAAGUUCUGCUGUAUUAUUUGAUGAACAACAACAAGCUAAACAAAUCUUGACUAAACAAUCAAAUAAAAAAACAUUAUCAUCUCCUCCACCUUCUUUAACAAGUAGGUCAUCUUCAGUAUCUUCAUUUUCAACUCCAAAUACUCCUGAAUUGAUUCAUAAAGAACAUCCACAAUCAAAGUCAUCUCCUAUAAUAAAAUCAAAAUCUAUCAAAUCAUCAUCCACAACAAGCACAAGCACAAGUACAUCUGGUUGUAAUAGCAGUAAUAGUAUACAACCUAAGAGAAGACAAAGAUUAGGUCCUUCAUGUGAUUCAUGUAGAUUAAGAAAAGUUAAAUGUGAUGCAGAAAUUCAAAUCAUUUCAUCAUCUGAAUUAAAUGAAAAUUAUUCUCAUUUAAAUCUUUCUGAUUUAUCAAAUGGUAUUAUACAAGAAAUUAAUUUACAAAAUGAUGGUUAUGUUUUAUUAUUUAAUGAUGAAAAAUUUAUAAAAUUUAAAAGUUGUAAACAUUGUCGUUGUAAAUUAAAUGUUUCAUGUUCUUUUAAAAAUGGGUAUUUCAAGAAAAAGAGAGUUUAA